CGAACCUACUCAAAUAUGCUUGUAGUGACCACCAUAUGCGCACUGUAUGCCCUGUGGGCAGUCGUGUUUGCAGAUAGCCUUUUCAAUCGACUAUGGAGCCUUUCCUUUUGCUCGCUCCUUCUCCUUGUUAAUCACGUAUUUUCCCUUCCCUUUUCUCUGCAGGCAAUCAUCUUCUACGUCCUGGCUUUCUUUAAUGUUUUGCUAUGUCUUGCUCUGUCUCCGUUACUUGCCCUUCUGCGCCGCAAAAGUCCCCCUGAAAACAGUGCGAAUCGGAUACAGCUUUUGUCCGAAGGAAAGGGUCCAUUCAUAGCAGAUAUUUUUCUCGUUCACGGGCUUGGCUCAAAUCCGGAGACAACCUGGAAAUCUGACCCAGAGAACGGGGUAUCCUGGGUUCUCGACUUGUGCAAAGACCUUUCAGAUUGUCGGGUUUUCGCUUUCAACCAUAACUCAAGGUGGUCGGAUAACACACUGAGCAAAUCGUUGAGAGAUCAUGGCGACGAUCUUUUUCGGUCCCUGGGUCCCUGGCGCAAUUCAGAAGAGGAGCAACGCCGACCGAUCAUCUUUAUAGGCCAUAGCUUUGGCGGGUUGGUCAUCAAGCAGGCUGUUGUCCUUGCAAAAGAGGACGGGAGAUAUGAGCAGACCUUCACAGAGACUCCAAAAUACAUCUUCAUGGGGACACCGCAUAAAGGUUCCUCGCUGAGUAGAUUUGGGAUGCUGGUGUCCAGCUUCAGGUACUGGGAGGGCUCAAGCACUAAUCUACUGGAGACGCUCAAACCGGGAUCCAUGGUCAAUAGCCGCCUUAACGAAGCCUUCCUUUCCUCGCUCAAAGAAGGUUGCCGACGGGACAAUACGCUCUGUUGUUUUGAAACCGUCAGGGAGACCCUUUUUGGAUUUCCGCUGAUCCCUGUCGUCGAGGAACAUUCGGCCGUCAUUGAUGGGGCCAUGAAAAUAGGCUUUGAGAGGGGUCAUCGGAGAAUGCAGCGUUUAAAGAAAGAAGGCGACGACUACAAUGACAUAGUUUUCUGGAUAAAGGAACGCGUGAAGCCAUUCAGGACCAGGCAAACCGAGCUGGCUCGUGAAAAGAAGACCAAAAAAGAGAAACGCCACAAGGAGUUGUAUCGUUCCUUGACUUUUCAACGAAUGAACACGCGAGUCAUCAAAAUCGAACCGUCACUGGACAAAACCUGCACCUGGCUUUUAGGUAAAGAGGAUUACGAGAGCUGGCUGAAGAAAGACAGAGGGUUACUCUGGAUCAAAGGAAAGCCAGGAUCGGGAAAGUCGACAUUGAUGAAAUGGGCGCUGAAGAACCAUCCAGCGGACGAAGACAACAAGAUUGUUGCCUCAUUCUUCUUCGAUGGUAGAGGUGAACACCUCCAGAAAAGCCUUGAGGGCUCAUAUCGGCAUCUCUUGGUUCAGAUUGCCGACCAAAAUAUGGGUGUUCUUGAGAAAUUGAGUGCGAAUUAUGAGAAGUAUCGCAAUAUGCAUAAUGAUUAUGGUCAGGGUUGCAUCUGGGAAGAGAAAGAGCUACAAGGCCUUUUGUCCGAAGCCAUCUUGAGCGCGUCAAGGGAGUCUCACGUUUGGAUUUACGUGGAUGCAUUAGACGAGUGCGGAGAAACAGCCGCACGAAGUCUAUUGUUCUUUUUCCAGAGCUUGAUUUCACCUCUAGAUUUGGAGGGCCCUGGACAUCGGAUAUCCAUAUGCUUCUCCUGUCGGCACUACCCUGCUCUCCACUAUGAACAUGGUGACGAAAUCACCAUGGAAAAGAACAAUGGGUUGGAUAUUGGUGCCUAUGUGGAAAAGAAGUUAGAAGGUCGACACUUCGAGAAAGAUCUCAUUGCAGAGGUCAAGCCGGAGAUUAUAUCCAAGGCCCAGGGCGUUUUUCAGUGGGUUCGAAUUGUUGUGGAGAUCAUCAUGGCAACCGCCUCGAAAGCGACUCCUCGUCAAAGGGUUAUUGAACAGAUCCGGUCAUUACCAGGUGAGAUCAGCGAUCUAUAUAACAAAGUUCUUCUAGAGCCAGAGGAUGCAGUAGAUUCUCUACGGCUCAUGAAAUGGGUUUGUUUUGCCCUGCGACCUUUGUCACUGGCAGAGCUACGCUUUGCGUUGAUCCUGGAUGCUGCACCAGCCUGUACCUCUUUGGCAGAAUGUCAGAACCACAUGGACUUUGUGGAAACAGACUCGCAGAUGAAGCAAAGGGUGAACUAUCUCUCCAGGGGCCUUGCUGAAGUCCAGGAUCAGGAAGAGCAACGAGUGGUACGGUUUAUCCACCAAACUGUGAACGACUAUCUUCUUGACCAGGGACUCCAGGAGCUCGAAAGCCUUUCAAAGGGGGAGGAAAGCAAAGCAGUCUCUGCGGGCUUGAAAAAGGAGAGGAUUGCAAAGGGUCACCGGCAAAUUCUAAGUUCAUGCAUCCGGUAUAUAUUUAUGCCCGAGCUUUUGUCUCUUGCGGAAUCAUUGUCUCCAGAAUUCCUUCCAUCUACUCAGAAGCUAGAUACUGAGUUUCAAUUCCUUCGGUAUAGUAUCAAGUACUGGGUUUCACACGCAAGUCUCGUCGAGGACGGAAAAGUCGAGCAGAUUGACUUGCGCAAGUUCUUUCAAUGGCCAUCAAAAAUGAUGGUGGAAGCUUACAUGGCUCUUUGGCGCUGGACAUUCUCCGAUUAUCGCGCCGGCUUUCUAAUGAUACCCGGGAGUAGCCUCUUUCAUAUCGCAGCACAAUACAAUUUGUUGAGUGUUGCGGAAUGCAUAAUCGAGACAGAUAGCAGCGAAGUCAACAUCCUUAACGAUCGAUUCCAAACACCACUUCAUAAGGCUUCUGCAAGGGGCUGCACUAAGAUAUCGCGCAUCUUGCUAGAAAACGGUGCACUUGCAGAUUGUCGCGACACAGACGGCUGGACGCCACUUCAACUUGCGACUCUUCUUGAUCAUAACGAGAUAGCUGA